CAGGUAAAUUUCCACUUUUGUCACUUUCAUACCACACGGAUUCGGAUAAAUUUUGUCUGUUGGGGAAAGCAAGUACCCGAGUGGCUUGUAAUAUUGAUGUUCGCGUCCACGUACCUGAAGACAAGCACAAAGGCAGAAGAUGUCCAAUCAUACUCCGCGAGCGAAGGAGGACAGCAAGCCGGAAACAGCAACAGUCCGUUGUGAUACCAAAACAGACAGCAUACAAAUCUUCGGCAUAAAUCGGUCUAAAAAUCAGUUUGGAGUUCUUCUACCAGCAAACUUAACAAGAAAGCAGAUUGGAUUUGUUUUAGUUAUCUUAUAUUGUGGCUUUUUUGUGUGUCUGCAGAACCCUCAAGAUGCAUUUUUGGCAGUUUUGUGUAUCAUCAGCAUUGCUGGGAUUUUAGUAGCUUUGUACUUUUUGUACGAUUACGCAAACGAUAGACUUAAGUUUUCUGGAAAAGAAAAAGAAAAAGAAAAAGGACAAGACCUUGAAAAACAAACAGAAGCUACCGUGUCUAUCAAAGAAGACGAAAGAAACGAUAGACUUAAGUUUUCUGGAAAGGCAAAAGAGAAAGGACAAGAUGUUGCAAAACAAACAGAAGCUACCGGGUCUACCAAAGAAGACGAAACAAAUGUGCCAGGAACCAAACUUGAUGAUGACCUAGAGUUGGGAGUUAGCACCGGGAUUUCUUACCGUGAUCGUUCACGUCGUACUCCAGCGGGAGAGGGUGGAAAGGCCCGAAAGGAUGAACAUGACUUCGUGGAGUACGCCAUGUUCAUCAGUGCGAAAAUCAGCUUUGGAGGGAAGGAACUCGCCAGACUGUUGGGUCUGACUGCAUAUGAAAUCGAAUACAUAUGGGACAAACAUUCCGACAUCCGGUCGAAGUGUUUUGACAUGUUGCUUCGAUGGCGCAAUCGUAAGGGAGAUGCAGCCACCAUGCAGGUCCUAAUGAAGGCUCUGGCUAAAGCUGGACCUUUUGACGCUGUGGAUGAUUUAAAGUCUAAAUUCCCAGAAUUAAAGGACAUCGACGUCUCCGACUCAGACUCCGACUGAUCUACGCAAGAGGCCAGGGUCAACAUUUGCAGUACCGUAGGAACAUUCAACUUUGGGGUUGGCAUGACUACGUAGAAAUAUGAUAUUCAUAUACGUGGAGCCUGGGGACAUUUUUUUCGAAUGCAUAGCAAAUAUUGGAGAAAAUGAUUGCAACCGUUACAUUUGCAAGUUGGCUACUUUAUUUGUAAAGCGUAUUCUCGGUGCCUGUUUCUUAGAAAACACGUGCACAUAUGUUGCAGAUGACAAAAAUUAUGGCUUUUAGUUUUGAAUUGUUGUAUCUAUCAUAUGUAAAACUAUUGUGUGAUUCAUCUUUCAUUAGCUUGAAUUGAUAACAAAUAUAUAAAACAAUUACAUUUGUUGUGUGGAAAUGUGUGUAAUACAUCUACGUGUUGUGUGUGAAACAAGUGUACUGAAUAUUAUUUCUUGGCCUGUAAACAAUAAAUACUUCAAGCGUACUUGUA